CACAGACAUCAGCUUCGGUUUUCACUGUGACUCCGACUUCAGAUUUUUUGCUCUCUCCGAACGUUCCGCCGGCGACGGCCGGUAAUUUCACGUGCCGGUUUCCAAUAAGUAGAGUAACGGGUAAACAAGAGCUUGAAGAUGAAGAUUUUCGUGAAGACUUUGAAAGGCACUCACUUCGAGAUCGAAGUAAAACCAGAAGAUAGCGUUGCGGAUGUGAAGAAAAACAUAGAAUCAGUUCAGGGGCAAGAUGUCUACCCUGCUGCACAACAGAUGCUUAUCCAUCAGGGCAAAGUUCUCAAGGACGCUACGACGCUCGAGGAAAACAAAGUUGCUGAAAAUAGUUUUGUGGUCAUUAUGCUUUCCAAGAAUAAGGUCUCAUCAACUGGAACGUCAUCUAUACCAGCAGCUCCUUCAAAUACGGCACAACCUGCUGGUUCCACUGACCAAGCUAGACAGACGAUAACAGCACCUCAAGCUACUGCUGCACUUCCACAAUCUGCUUCUGAGUCUCCUCCUGCUCCUGCUCCUGCCCCUGCCCCCGUGCCUGCUGCUGCUGCUAGUUCUGUAACAGAUGUGUAUGACCAAGCAGCAUCAAACCUUGUUGCUGGAAGUAACUUGGAGACCACAGUUCAACAGAUUCUUGAUAUGGGUGGGGGAAGCUGGGAUAGGGAUACAGUUGUGCGUGCUUUGCGUGCUGCAUAUAACAAUCCAGAGAGAGCUGUUGAUUACUUGUAUUCUGGUAUUCCUGAACAAGCUGAAAUUCCGCCUGUUUCCCCUACACCUGCUGCUCCUGCUCCUGCCAGUGGUCAGGCUAUAAACCCUGCAGCUCAGGAUGCUUCACAACUAGCAGUUCCUUCCAGUGGACCAAAUGCUAAUCCUCUAGAUCUGUUCCCUCAGGGCCUAACAAAUGCUGGCUCAAAUGCCAGUGCUGGAAAUUUGGAUUUUCUACGCAGUAGUCCACAGUUCCAGGCCCUUCGAGCAAUGGUGCAAGCCAAUCCGCAAAUAUUGCAGCCUAUGCUCCAGGAGUUGGGUAAGCAAAAUCCACAUUUGAUGCGGCUUAUUCAAGAACAUCAACCAGACUUCCUGCGCCUCAUCAAUGAACCUGUUGAAGGGGAGGGGAAUGUGUUAGGGCAGACAGCAGGAGCAAUACCACAAGCUGUGACUGUUACACCUGAAGAGCGGGAGGCUAUUGAACGUCUUGAAGCUAUGGGAUUUGAUCGAGCUUUAGUAUUGGAAGUAUACUUUGCCUGCAACAAAAAUGAGGAGCUGGCUGCUAACUAUCUAUUAGAUCACAUGCAUGAGUUUGACGAAUGACAUGGAUAUAACAUAGUGCUAUUGACCUGUUAUAGUUUCCAUUAUUAGUUGUUUUGCUUCUCUUCAUUUUAAAUCUGCGCGAUUUCCUAUUUAUCUUGCCAUGUGGAGUACAUUUUAUUUCCUCAUUCGCAGCAGCUAGCCUUGGAUACUCGGCCCCUUUUGUAUAAUGGAUCAUAUUAUAUCAGUCAAAUCGUCCUGCAAGCUCUUUUGUCCUUGGAUACUUGGACGCUUUUGUAUAAUGAUUCAUAUUAGAUCAGUCAAAUCGUUCCUGCAA